GCCUCCAUUACUUCCGUGUGAGCGGCGGAGUUUUGCUGCCGGGGUCACGGCCGGUGACAGAAAGUGGCGGGGAGAUGCCGGAGAUUGGGAUCCGCCAUGUGGUCUCUGCCAGCAGCUCCGACGCGACUCACUGCGCUGAGAACUUGCUCAAAGCGGACACCUAUCGCAAGUGGAAGGCUGCCCAGGCUGGGGAGAAACAAAUCUCUGCCAUAUUACAGUUUGAGAAAGAGGAGCAGAUUCACAGCAUCGACAUUGGCAACGAAGGCUCUGCAUUUGUGGAAGUGCUGGCCGGCAGCUCUGCAUCCUCCAGUGAGCAAAACUAUGAGGUACUGUUGGUCACAUCCUCCUUCAUGUCCCCUACAGAGAGCAAGAAUGGUACCAACCUGAACAGGGUUCGUAUGUUUGGUCCAGACAAGCUGGUGAAGGCCACAGCUGAGAGGAAAUGGGACCGAGUGAAAAUUGUUUGUACUCAGCCCUAUACCAAGUCCUUAGCUUACGGUCUUUCCUUUGUGAGGUUCCACUCACCUCCAGACAACAGUGAGAUUCAUUCCAAAAUCAGUUCACCUAAGGUCACCAAGUUGGGCCAGUUCAAGGUGAAGGAUGAUGACAGCAACUCCAGCAGUUUGAAACCUGGUGCUUUGUUCUUCAGCCGGGUCAGCAAACCCCAGCCCUCCCCUCCUAAAGCCUCUCAGAAUGACCAGUCCUCACCCAGUUAUGCUGCUGCUUCACUGCAAACCAGCAUCUCCAGUUCCCCUGACCCUUUGCCAUCAGCUGCAGACAAACCAGCUACCAAAAUCUCUCCCAAGGAACCUACGCCCAUCAAGAGGAAGUUUGAAUUCAGCAAGGAAAAUACCAGUGUCUCAUCUGUGACCAAGAAAACUGAUCCUGAUACUCCCCGUCCUGUGAAUCCACCAUCCAAGAAACACAAAACUUCCCCAUCAACACCACCUCCCCCCAAGACACCACCUUCCAAAAAGCCCUUGCAAACACAGUCUUCAGGGGGGACCACAAAUGGCUCUUUCCAGCAUCUCCUUCAGGGCACUGUGUUUGUGCUGAGUGGAUUCCAGAACCCCUUCCGAUCAGAGCUGCGGGACAAGGCUCUUGAGAUGGGGGCCAAGUACCGGCCGGACUGGACCCCUGACAGCACUCAUCUCAUCUGUGCCUUCGCCAACACUCCCAAAUACAGCCAGGUGAAGGGGCUUGGGGGUAUCAUUGUGCGCAAAGAGUGGAUCUUGGAUUGUUACCGUACACGGAGACACCUGCCCUGCAAGCGCUACCUGAUGGUCAGCUCAGAAUCCUCCAGCAGCGACCAGGAGGAUGAGAGUGAUGAAGAAGAAGUCUCUGUCCGACCCCACAAACCUCUUAAGCAUCAGCAGAAAGCUAAUUUUCCCAGCUCCAACCACAAGCCCAAUGCAUUUCCUAGUCCCAGAGUAACCCAGUCAGCAGCAAGGAGAGUGUCACCAGAAAAGGAGGAAGAGGAAGAGCCAACUACAUCUCAGAGCAGAAGCAUCCAUAACAAUUCACAGGCCUCAGCAGCAGACUCUGCUUCCACUGGUGAUGAAGAUCCCCCAGGUUUUCAAGACAAUGGGGAAGAGGACUCUGGUGAUACUGACGAUGAGCUGAAGAGAGUGGAAGAGGAACAUCGCAAAAAGCAACAAGGAGGACGGAGGGCUCCUCCACAACCAGAUGAUGAUCUAUAUGGUGGUUCCACCGAUGAGAACACAGAUGUUGAAGAAAAGGAGGAGCCAGAUCAGCCUAUUCCAGAGUUGCCUGAUUUAUUUGAGGGCAAACACUUCUUCCUUUAUGGUGAAUUCCCUUCUAAGGAGCGCCGCCUCCUGAACCGCUAUAUCACAGCUUUCAACGGGGAAGUGGAGGACUAUAUGAAUGAGCAAGUGAAUUAUGUGAUCACGGCUCAAGAAUGGGAUGACACUUUUGAGGAGGCUCUGAAUGAGAACGCCAACUUGUCUUUUGUGCGCCCUCGCUGGAUCUACAAUUGCAAUGAACGGCAGAAACUGAUUCCUCACCAGCCAUACGUUGUGGUGCCACGAGUAUAGGAGGGUUCCCAGCAGGCUUUUGUGUAUAUUAUUCCCUCCCUCUGGAGCAAACUGUCUUCUUUGCUUCUGGACCAUUUUGUCUCUGGGCCACACUUGAUUCUUGUUGGAGGGCCUCCGGAUGCAAGCUCCUUUCCACACAAGCUUGUGCCAAUGCAGAAGUAUCUAUGACCAUCUUGGGUCCCUCUCUCCCAACAGCAGCUACCCUAGGCUGCAUCAGAGGGAAAUUUGCUUUCAGAACCAGCUGCUGUCCUGGAGAAACAGGCUAAAAAGCUCAUAGGCAUCUUAUGGCCUUGUCUAAAUCAAGUCUAGUGUUAAUUUCAUGGGUUUGGAAGAUGGAAUGAGAGCCGGCCUUGUUUCAGGGACCAGGACUGAACUGAGAAAGGGAGAUGUGUGUACACAUUCACACACAGACACACACUUUACAUGUCUGUGGUUCUUUUUUCUUGGCAUCUUAUCUUCACUCUUGUCAUUACACUUCUUUUUGUUUCAAUUCUCUCCCCUCCUCCUGCACUCCUCCAUCAUUUCAUAGGAAGCUGGAUGUGUCCUUGCUAAAUUUGUGUUUGUGGAGGAUAAGAGGUGUUUCCUUGUGGAAGUAACUUCCUUAUUGUUUGAUUUACUCAGCCUUUGAAUAGUGGGAUUUAUUCUUUGGGAUUGUACAUGCUUUUAUAAAAAGUGAUCUGAUCACUGUUGUUCUGUCCCAUUUCAGGAGUUAGGCACUAUAGACUGAACCAACUGUCAACAGUUUUCUUAACAUUUGUUCCUUCCAUUGGGGCAUGCUGAUAAGCUAGAAUAUGUCGCUGUGCGCACCUAA